AGAAGCUGCAGUUUUAGUUGCUAAUCCUAACCUUGAUUUCAUCAGAUCGUAUCAGCCAACUUUGUAGUAACUGGAUCAACCUGAGUUGACGAGGCCAUUACCUUCUGCUGGAUGUGAAUUAGGCAAUGGAAUCUGUGUCAAAAUACAAUGUAUACCGAUUCUGAAAAGCCGACUCAGACUUCUGAUGACUCGCACGUUUUUUGUUGGGGAUGUCAAACUCAUCUUGCAAUACCAUCUGCCGAUGGGGUUCAAGCCCCCAUCUUUAAGUGUGGAUGGUGUGGUGCGAUCAGCCAGCUGGACAGCUCGGGGAAAAGGAGGCGGGAGGCGCACCCUUUCGACAAGCUGAGAAGUGUCCUGCCGGCGCUUCGAGCCGCAUUUGUGGGCUUUGUGGUGCUGUUGCUGUUUUCCGUCCCCUUUUUCGGAUUCAUUUUUCUGCUGCCCAACCUCUUCUCCGGGCUUCCACUGGCGUUGCACUUGACUUGGUCCCUGCUCCUUGCAGCAAAUACGUACUUCAACUUUGCUGCAGCAGUGCUGCGCCCACCAGGGCCAGUGGAAUUCGAAAUGCCUCAGACCAACACACCCGUGGGGAAGGGCGCAUUUGACAACUGCAUGUUUUGCACUCACUGCCGGCAAGUGAAGCCUCCGCAGGCUCAUCAUUGCAGUCGAUGCACGACAUGCGUAAUGGACAUGGACCAUCACUGUCUCUUCUUGAACAACUGUGUCGGCCGCGGCAACAUCCGCCACUUCAUCCUCUUGCUUGUCUUUCUAUUUUGGAGCUGCACAUACACAUUUUUGUUGUGCUGUGCCCUCCACUGGCGCCGCUGGGAUGAAGCAGCAAUGACUUGGCAAAGGCUGUUGCUGCCCAUUGCCAAGAGCAAACGCUACUGGGAGGCGAUCCUUGUAACGCCGAGGUUUCUGCUGGUGGCACCUGCAUGGCAAGCAGCCGUGACUUACCUGAUGUCACUCACGGGCGGGUCCUGCGUGGGAGUCACGAUCCUCCUGGCUUCACAACUCCGGCUGAUCGUGCGAGGGCAGACUUACAUUGAGUCUUUGGCGGCGGCACCCAGCCAUGGUGGUGACUGGCAAGCUUCUCUGCGGCGUAUCUUUGGCAGCGAGCACCCGAUCAAAUGGUUCACGAUGCGCUGGUACCCACCGCCGGGCGCUGUUCAAGCAAAGAAGGGUGACUGAUGGACACAUGCUCGAUAAUGACGUUCAUCAUGCACUGCAGCUGGCAGCAGAGAAAAGAUCAUGAUCAACCCUGUGUUGCUCAUUGGGUGCAUGCACCCGUGUACAGUUGACCGCCAAGUACGAAUGCUAGCUUACCACGGAAGUUUCUGGGGGCCUUCAGGCGCAUGUUGCUGUACCCUGUUGUAAAAUUUGCAGCUGAAUUGCC